GGAAUAUAUAAAAACCUUGGAAAUAAAGAAAGAAUAAAGUAAAAGAAGAAAAAAGGAUAAGGAAUUAGUUAAAAAGAGAGGGAAGGUAUAAAACUGGAGGGAGAAGACAACGCAAACUGAUUGGUCGGAGUUCCACGUGCUUUGAAAGCACAGAGGCUGGGAACGACGGGCAGGUCUAGACUUGGCAUGCGAGUGGGGACAACGAUAUAUUUUUCAAAGAGUCACCCGAUCCACGUUUCCAUCACUUUCGCAUGGAAUCGCAUGGCGUGCGCACCGACCGACAGAUUACUAUAGAAGUUUUACUCAGAGCAAGAGAAGUGGAAUUUAAUCGUGAUUCGCAGGAUCACUCGGACGAUCCUGAAUAAGGAGAAGAUAUAGAAAUUAUCGCCAAGCUGAUUAGAAUUUAAAAAGGGGAAAGGAAACGAAAAUAAAAGGGAAAAAGAAAGAUCUUCAAAAUUAAAUCUCUGCGUAGAAUUAGUGACAAUUUCGAGAAAAAAAAUCAAACGAAUAUAUAUGUGUAUAUAUAUAUAUAUAUAUAUAUACAUAAUAAUGUUAUUAAUAUUCGUCGAUUAAUCUCUUAAAAGAUAAUCAUUCAUUUCUAGUGAAUUUAAUCGAGAGAUCGAUUCCAACCAUCGAUUUUAUUAAUUCUAUUAUUGAACAUUCUUUGUGUUAAUCUUUACGAAAGAAAAGAUCAUUGUGAAGUGUAUACAGCAUGAAGGAUCUAUUAAUGAUUUGGAAUACACUGACGGGAAGGAGAUGUUCUACGAUAAAUAAUAAUUUCGGCAUGGCCGGUAUAAACGAACAAGAUGAAAUAACGAUAUCGCGGAAUACGAGAAACCGGAGAAAGUCUUCGGUCGUAGUGAAUCAGUUCUUCAAUGCGGCGACCUUACCGGUACAAACUAAUGGCACACCGAGGUGGUCACGAAGUAUAUUCAUGCUAAUGACCUUAGGAUUAAUCGGACUUGUCUCAGGCUUUUUAAUUCUCAUCUGCCAACCUUACGAUCGGCUCUUUCAAUUUAAAGUUAUAUUCGGCGAAGGAGGAGAAAUAUUUGAAUUCUGGAGGAAACCUGACGUGGAUAUUUUCUUGAAAGUCUAUCUAUUCAAUAUCACUAAUCAUGACGAUUAUUUAUCUGGAAAGGAUAGCAAACUCAAUUUCCAAGAAAUUGGACCUUACGUAUACAGGGAGCAUAUGGAACACGGCAACAUCAAAUUUAACAGCAAUGGCACUGUAUCCGUUAUACCACUUCAUCCUUUAGUAUAUGUACCGGAAAUGAGUAAUGGUUCUGAAGAAGAUAUUCUCAUUUUACCAAAUAUCGCGCUUCUGAGUAUAACCAAUGUAAUAAGAGAAGCAUCGUACAUUACAAGAUGGGGUUUAAAUAUGUUGGUUCAUCAAACAGACUCGAAACCUUUAGUACCUAUGACUGCUCGAGAGUUUAUGUUCGGUUACAAAUCUACUCUGCUUACUCUUGGAAAUCAAGUUAUGCCAUCGUGGAUAUCAUUUGAUAAACUCGGUCUUAUCGAUAGAAUGUAUGACUUCGAAGGUGAUUACGAGACUUUUUACACCGGUGAAAACGACGUGAAAAUGACUGGUUUGAUCGACAAAUAUAACGGCAAUGUCGACCUUCCCCACUGGAAAGGAAAAUGUGCAAAUAUCCAUGGUGCCAGUGAUGGAACUAAAUUUCCAACUUAUAUACAACCUAACGAUACUCUUCUUUUCUUUCGAAAAAGUCUUUGUCGUAGCGCUCACAUGACGCGAACCGGUGAAAAAGUUAUAAAAGGCUUAUAUGCAUACAAGUAUAAUUUCAUGGAAAACGAAAUGGACAACGGUGCUUAUAAAGAAGAAAACAAAUGUUACUGUCGAGGUGGACAUUGCUUACCUCCAGGUUUAGUAGACGUAACCGCUUGUUAUUACGGUUUUCCAAUAGCACUGUCCUAUCCACAUUUCUAUAAAUCUCAUCCUUCUCUUCUCGAAGCUGUAAACGGUCUAAAACCAGAUUCACAAAAACACGAAUCUUAUUUUUAUAUACAACCACAAUCAGGCUUGCCAGUUGAUUUGGCUUUCCGUUUCCAAAUUAACAUGGCAUUGCAAGAUAUCGGACACAUGGCAAGAGUAGAAAAGUUUUCUAACUUUGUUCUUCCACUUCUUUGGUUCGAAAUAGGAAUGUACGAAUUACCUGCGAACAGAAAUUCAUUGUUUUACUUAUACUUGAACAUUCUACCAGUAUUGCAAGAAAUCAGUAUAUAUCUCAUGUUCAUCAUGGGCUCAAUUUUCCUUAUUUGGAGCAUUGUUAAAAUACUUCUUUAUCGACCGAAAGAAUCAAAUAUUUAUGACGAAUGGUUCGAAGAAGAAAUGCAAAAAAAAAGAUUACAAUUUCUAAACGAUAGAAGAUCUUCUGUGAAAGUAAAAGAAGCAGAAUGUUAUUACAGUACUUUGCUUAGUCAUUCAAAGGACGAAACGACCUCCAAUAUAUUAGAAGAUUUAUCAACAACGAGAAACGAAAUAAACGUUUGAUUGUAAACAUACGAUCCGUUCGAGACGUAGAAAGAGGCUAUUGUCGUCAAGGACACGCACUCGUCGAUCUAAUAUCUUUCAGUAAAUACAUUCAAUAUCUGGGAGACGAGUAUCACUGACGACAAAGAUGCGAGUCUUCGAUAAUGCCAAAUAAAACGAAGAGCUGGCCUCAUUCUCUCCAGAUCAUUUUUCUUCCAACAAGUGAAAUAUCAAGAGGACAGAGAAUUAGAAGAAGACCGUGUCGUAUUUUAAAUCGAGGUACUUAUUUCUUUUAAUUGCCAUUUUGUUUUCUUUUUUAGUCUUUCGUAGACAAAUGCUUGAUCGAGAAUAAUUCCAAUUCUUAAUUCGAAAGUUGAGUCCUAUUGAAAUCGAUCGAUUUUUAUAUUCUUGUAAAUUCUAAUACGAGUUUUUUUAAUUCGAUUAAUAAUAGUCAAACAAUAAUUUUUAAUUAGUAUGCAAGGAAUGAUAAAUGGUAAUUAAAUUGAUUUUUAUAGCACGAGUAGUAGUUGUAUUGCUACUUCGAAGUACGUAUACACGUUAUUACAUUUACAUUUUUACAUUUCGUUACUUUACAGUGAUUGCGAUAAAGAAGUAAAAUAUGUAAAUAUGUAAAUAACAUUUUAAAAAAGUAAGCUGAUUGUUUCGUGAAUAAAGUUAAUGAUAAUUAUUUGUGUACUUAUUGCGUAAUGAAUAAUAAUACGUAACAUUUUGUACAUGUAAAUGAAGUAUUCUUUAAUAACGUGUUAUAAUUUAGGGGAGAUAGAUAGAAUUCAUAUUUGAUGAAAAAUAAAUGAUUAAGAACGGAAAUUAAGUUAUUUUUAUAAUAUAAUAUAUUUUUAGCGACAAAUAAUGUCCACUAGCGAUCUUGCCAAUGGAAUAACCUCAAAAACGUGGACAAUAAAUCAUUUAAUGGACCAAGGGCUUCCACAAUGAAAUGUUUUAGAUGAUCAAAUGGUUUAUCUAAUACGUCUAAAAACCAUACAUCAUAAUAAAGAUUAGGACGAAACACUGGAAUUGAAAACCUUAGUAUAUUUUUCAUGUUCAAUGUCUUUAAUAUGUCAACUACUACCUGAAAAAGUAUAAAUAUAAAUAUAUAUAUAUGAUAAUUUGUUAAAAAAUAUAUGUACCUCCUUUGCAGCUGUAGCAGUUAAAGCAAUUAUAGGAAUAUCAGGACAAAGCUUUUUAAAUACACCUAAUUGUCUGUAACUAGGUCUAAAAUCAUGACCCCAUUGACUCAAACAAUGUGCUUCAUCAACAACAAAAUAAGAUAUAGCCUUAGCUUUUUGUAAUUUAAUUAUAAGUUCCUACAAUUUAAAAAAAUAAUAAGGAAAAAACAACAAUAAUAUGAUUAUGAAUUAUAUAGAAAUUUCAUCGAUAUAACUGUUUACUUGAAAAUGUUUUUGUGCUCCCAUUUCAGGUGUAAUAUACAAUAAUUUGAUCUGCGGUGAUUUGGAUGAUAAUUCUUUCAUUAUUGCAUUUCUGUCUUUGGUAGAUGUAUUUGAAUUUAACGAAACGGCUUUAAUUUUUUUGUUAACUAAAAAAUCCACUUGAUUCUAUACAAAAUAUUUUUUAACAUAAUUAAAUCCAUAUUUAAUAGUAUCAUGUAUCAAAAUAAUUUAUAAAAUUCUCAUAUACCUUCAUAAGAGCUAACAAUGGUGAAAAUACUAUUGCAACUUUAUCUUUUUUCAUUAUAGCUGGUAGUUGAAAACAAAGUGAUUUUCCUGAUCCAGUAGGCAUACAAACAUAAACAUCUUGUUUACCUAAAAGAAGUUAUAUAAUAAUUAUUUCUUUUAUCUAAUAGAUAAAUAUAUUUUUACAUACUAUAUACAUUAUAUACAUAUUCAUUAUCUUUAUUUACUGAUAUCUAUAAUGUUUAAAAUUUAAAAAAAAUGGAUUCAUUUGUAUAUAUAACAGAAAUUUCCAACCUUCAUAAACAGCAGUAGUGGCACGUUUUUGUAUGUCACUUUUAAAGUCGUCAUAACCGAAUACAGAUUUUAAUACGCUUGACAACAUUUUUCUUAAUUAUUAUAAUAGAAUCAAUAUAUAAAACAUAAUAAGUCUGUUGAUCGUUUUUCCUUCGAAGCGUGUGUGACUUCAGCGACAG